AUGCUGGAGUCAUAUGUGACUCCGAUUUUAAUGAGCUACGUGAAUCGCUACAUCAAGAACUUAAAGCCCUCGGAUUUGCAGCUUUCACUAUGGGGUGGAGACGUUGUUCUCAGCAAGCUCGAAUUAAAAUUGGAUGUGCUGGAACAGGAACUGAAAUUACCAUUCACUUUUUUAAGUGGACAUAUUCACGAAUUGCGGAUUCAUGUACCAUGGACAAAACUGGGUUCAGAACCAGUGGUAAUUACUAUCAAUACAAUGGAAUGCAUUUUGAAACUUAAAGAUGGGAUGCAGGAUGACCAUGAAAGCUGUGGCUCUAAUUCUACCAACCGUAGUACUACUGAGAACACAAAAUUAUCAAUAAAAGCCCGAAGAAUUCAGCAAACUGCUCCCACAGAUCCUGAUUUACCACCAGGUUAUGUGCAGAGCCUGAUUAGACGAGUUGUAAAUAAUGUAAACAUUGUUAUAAAUAAUCUCAUACUAAAAUAUGUUGAAGAUGAUAUCGUUCUCUCAGUCAACAUCACUUCUGCAGAAUGCUAUACAGUAGAUGAAUUAUGGGAUCGUGCAUUCAUGGAUAUUUCUGCAACUGAUCUGGUGCUAAGAAAGGUUAUUAAUUUUUCUGACUGUACAGUUUGUCUUGAUAAGCGAAAUGCCAGUGGUAAAAUUGAAUUUUACCAAGAUCCUUUGUUGUAUAAAUGUUCCUUUAGAACUCGUCUGCAUUUUACUUAUGAUAACCUAAAUUACAAGAUGCCGUCGGUUAUUAAAAUUCACACCUUAGUUGAGAGUUUGAAACUUUCCAUCACAGAUCAACAACUGCCAAUGUUUAUCCGUAUAAUGCAACUUGGGAUUGCUCUUUACUAUGGAGAAAUAGGCAAUUUUAAAGAUGGAGAAACAGAGGAACCUACCUGUCACAAUAAAGAAAUGUUAGGAAACAUUACAGGUGCUGAAGGUGAAACAAGAAUAGAUAUGCAGUAUCCUGCUCAGUACAAAACUCAGGAGUUGUAUUCACAGCAAGAUGAUGAGCAGCCCCAGGGAUGGGUAUCAUGGGCUUGGUCGUUUGUGCCUGCAAUUGUGAGUUAUGAUGAUGGCGAGGAAGACUACCUUGGAAGUGAUCCUACAUCAGCCAUGCAUCAGCAAAAAGCACAGACUUUGAAGGAUCCUAUUGUUUCUAUAGGAUUUUAUUGCACAAAGGCCACUGUAACUUUCAAGCUCACUGAAAUGCAAGCUGAGAGUAGUUAUUACAGCCCUCAGAAAGUAAAAUCUAAAGAAGUAUUGUGUUGGGAACAAGAAGGAACUACAGUUGAGGCCCUUAUGAUGGGAGAGCCUUUCUUUGAUUGCCAGAUUGGUUUUGUAGGUUGCCGAGCCCAGUGCCUUAAAGCAAUUAUGGGUGUUAAAGAUUUUGAAGAUAAUGUGAACAGAAGUGAAACAGAAGCCUGUUUCUUCAUUUGUGGUGAAAAUUUGAGUGCAAAAGGUUUGACAUACCUUACAAAUUCAUUGUUUGAUUACCGAAGCCCAGAAAAUAAUGGUACUCGUGCAGAAUUUAUCUUAGAUACUGCUCAUCAUAAGGAGACAUACACUGAAAUAACCGGAAUGCAAAGGUUUGGUGCUUUUUACAUGGAUUACCUGUAUACAAUGGAAAACACUAGUGGUAAAGGUUCUGCAAAUCAGCAAGACUUUUCUUCAGGGAAAAGUGAAGAUUUGGGAACAGUUCAGGAGAAGUCAACCAAAAACCUUGUUAUAGGUCCUCUGGAUCUUCGCUUGGAUAGCAGUGCCGUGCAUAGAAUUUUGAAAAUGAUCGUUUGUGCCUUGGAACAUGAAUAUGAACCAUAUAGCAGGCUAAAUCCAGAUAAUAAGGAUGAAAAUGAAGCUGUACUGAAUCCUGAAGAAGUGGCUUCUCUGGAGCAAUAUAUUCCUACUCGACUUACAAGUGUUACUCUCCUCAAAUGUACCUGCACAAUUUUCAUGGCUGAAUUCAACUUGCUGGGCCAUUUGCUACCUGUCAUUAUGGGAGAAAAGAACUUGAGUAACUUCAUGAAUACUACAAACUUCCAGCCUCUUCGGCCUUUGCCAUCCAUUCAGAUAUUGGUGGAUAAAAUUAAUCUGGAAUAUUCAGUGCCAAUGUAUGCAGAACAGCUGGUACAUGUGGUCAGCAGCCUUACUCAGCCUUCUGAUAAUCUGCUUCAUUAUUGCUAUGCACACUGCUACCUUAAGAUAUUUGGUUUCCAGGCAGGAGUGACCUCUUUGGAUUGUAGGGGAUCUUACAGUUUACCUGUACCAAUUAUUCCCUCUGUCAGCACUGCUGUUUAUGGUAAACUUCUGAAACUUCCCAUGUGCUGGACCAAACGAUCUCAGGUUCCUAUAACUGAAGGUAUAUUUGAACUUCCAAAUCUCACAAUUCAAGCUACAAGAGCACAGACCCUUCUGCUGCAAGCAAUAUAUCAAAGUUGGUCUCAUAUUGGAAAUGUCAGCUCUUCAGCAGUGAAUGAAGCUUUGAUGAAUGAAGUCUUCCAAAGUAUAGGUGUGAAAUCUAAGAAUCCCCUGCCAGCUCUUGAGGGCUCAAUCCAGAAUGUUGAAUUGAAGUACUGCAGCACAUCAUUGGUCAAAUGUGCCUCUGGGACCGUGGGAUCAAUAAAAAUUUGUGCCAAAGCCCCAGGCGAUAAUGGAAAAGAGAAGUUGAUUCCCUUGCUUCAGGGUCCCUCAGACACUAAAGAUCUUCAUAGCAGCAAGUGGCUCAAUGAAAGUAGAAAGCCAGAAUCUCUCUUAGCUCCAGAUUUGAUAGCCUUCACAGUACAAGUUCCACAACAUAUGGACUACUGCCACAAUUCAGGUGCUGUACUUCUUUGUAAUGUGCAAGGACUAGCAGUUAGUAUUGACCCAAUCUUAUAUACUUGGCUCAUCUAUCAGCCCCAGAAACGAACCAGUAGACAUACGCAGCAGCAGCCUGUGGUCGCUGUUCCUCUUGUUAUGCCAGUUACCAGAAGGAAGGAGGAUGAGGUGUCUGUUGGAAGUGCUCCCAUGGCAAAGCAGCAGUCGUAUCAGGCCUCUGAAUAUGCCAGCAGCCCUAUAAAAACAAAAACAGUAACAGAAUCCCGACCGUUGUCAGUUCCCAUGAAAGCCAUGCUGAAUAUAUCUGAAGGCUGCAGAAGUCCUGAAGAAAGAAUGAAAGAAUUUAUUGGAAUAGUAUGGAAUGCAGUAAAGAGUCUCACACUGCAGCUUGAAGUACAAUCUUGGUGUGUAUUCAUUCCAAAUGAUAGCCUGCCUUCUCCAAGUACAAUUGUAUCAGGUGACAUUCCUGGUACAGUAAGAAGUUGGUACCAUGGACAAACUAGCAUGCCGGGAACUCUGGUCCUUUGUUUGCCUCAAAUAAAGAUUAUUAGUGCGGGUCAUAAGUAUAUGGAACCUUUGCAGGAGAUUCCAUUUGUCAAUCCACGACCUAUCCUUGAAGAAGGUGAUGCUUUUCCUUGGACCAUCAGCUUACAUCAUUUCAGCAUAUAUACCCUUCUUGGAAAACAAGAGACACUUUGCCUAGUGGAACCUAUGGGUUGUACCUCUACUCUGGCUGUCACAUCUCAAAAACUACUUGCUACAGGACCUGAUACAAGACAUUCAUUUGUUGUUUGUCUACAUGUUGACCUAGAGUCACUUGAGAUAAAGUGCUCGAACCCCCAGGUCCAACUUUUAUAUGAACUAACUGAUACUAUGAAUAAGGUCUGGAAUAAGGUUCAGAAGAGAGGCAAUCCCAGUCUAUCUUCAGCCUAUCCAGAGACCAUCGUAGGGGCUGUCCCGAGCUCUCCAGUUAGAAGCAGUGUAGGCACAGCUCCUCCAGACACCAGCACAUGCAGCCCAUCUGCUGACAUGGGAACUACCACUGAGGGAGAUUCUGUACAAGCAGGUGAUGACUCACCAUUCUCAGACUCUGUCACCUUGGAACAAACCACAAGUAACAUUGGUGGAACCAGUGGCCGUGUUAGUCUAUGGAUGCAGUGGGUGCUCCCCAAAAUUACUGUAAAGCUCUUUGCUUCUGAUCCUGAAAAUACAGGCACAGAGGUUUGUAUGGUUAGUGAACUAGAAGAUCUCAGUGCUUCCGUAGAUGUCCAGGAUGUAUAUACCAAGGUGAAAUGUAAAAUAGAGAGUUUCAAUAUUGAUCACUACAGAAGCAGCCUUGGGGAAGAGUGUUGGUCUUUGGGGCAAUGUGGAGGUGUCUUCCUUUCCUGUACUGACAAGCUGAACAGAUGCACCUUGUUGGUUCGACCCAUCAACAAGCAGGACCCUUUCAGUAAUUGUUCUGGCUUCUUUCCUUCUACUACUGCAAAACUUUUAGAUGGCUCUCAUCAGCAGCAUGGAUUUCUCUCUCUGACAUAUACAAAAGCUGUAACCAAAAAUGUCCGCCACAAGUUAACAUCAAGAAACGAACGAAGAAGUUUUCAUAAGUUAUCAGAAGGUUUAACUGAUGGUUCUCCUCAUUUUCUUCAUGAGAUUCUUCUUUCAGCGCAAGCCUUCGAUAUUGUCCUUUGUUUUCCUUUACUUAAGGCCAUUGCAAGUAUAUUUCAAGCAAAACUACCAAGGACCCAAAAAGAGAAAAGAAAGUCUCCUGGUCAACCCAUGAGGACUCAUACACUGACUUCGCGUAAUUUACCUUUGAUUUAUAUCAACACAAGUGUAAUCAGAAUUUUUGUUCCAAAAACGAAGGAAAUACAGCCUACUGUUGGAGUUAACCAGGCAGCAAAAGAAGACACUAUGGUUUUAAAGAUUGGCUCUGUUGCCAUGGCUCCUCAGGCUGACAAUCCGCUUGGCAGAUCUGUCCUCAGGAAAGAUAUUUACCAGAAAGCCUUGAACUUAGGAAUUCUUCGAGACCCUGGAUCAGAAAUUGAAGAUAGACAAUACCAAAUAGACCUACAGUCCAUCAAUAUUGGUACUGCGCAGUGGGAUCAACUAAAACCAGAGAAGGAAAGUGGCACAGGAGGGGUGCUAACAGAGAGUGAAAGAAAUUCUCAAAAUCCAGCCCUUGAGUGGAAUAUGGCCAGCAGGUGCUGUCAAGUCGCUUCCAACUCAGCAAUCCUGUGUACUACAGAAGGAAACACUGCCCAGUCCUGCACCAUCCUCACAAUUGUUGUUAUGCUUGAGCCCACUGUUGCAGCCUCUGUCAUAAGAAGGCAUCAAGAAAGGAGAGCAAUUUUGACUCCAAUUUUGACAGAUUUUUCUGUCCGAAUAACUGGAGCACCUGCCAUCAUUUUCACCAAAACAAUUUCUCCAGAAAAUUUGCAUACUGAGGAGAUAUUAGUGUGUGGCCAUUCCUUGGAAGUGAAUAUAACCACAAACCUGGACUUCUUCCUAAGUGUGGCUCAGGUUCAACUCUUACAUCAGUUAAUAGUAGCAAACAUGACUGGACUGGAACCAUCAAACAAGGCCACAGAGAUCUCUAAACAAGAACAGAAAAAAAUGGAUACAUUUGAUGGAGGCGUGGCUGAAACCUCAUCUCGGUACAGUGGUGCCCAGGAUAGUGGAAUUGGCAGCGACAGUGUGAAAAUCAGAAUUGUGCAAAUAGAGCAGCACAGUGGUACCAGUCAACAUCGCAUUGCCCGUCCCUCACGCCAGUCAUCAAUAGUAAAAAAUCUAAAUUUUAUUCCUUUUGACAUAUUUAUUACUGCCAGUAGAAUCUCACUGAUGACCUAUUCUUGUACAGCCUUACCCAAAUCUAAGUCACAAGAACAGAAGGAUAAUGAAAAAACAGGCAAGAGUUCAUUAAAUCUCCUGGCAGUUGAUUCAGAAGAUGUCUCUAAGCCCAGCCAGACGUGUAUUUCCACAAUGACAGCAGAAGAUCUCUUAAGCAGUAGCAUUUCUUUCCCAUUAGGGAAAAAAAUGGGAGUUCUCUCUCUUGAAAGUCUUCAUGCAUCAACAAGGUCAUCUGCUAGACAAGCACUUGGUGUAACUAUCGUUCGGCAGCCUGGACGGAGAGGAACCGGUGAUUUACAACUUGAACCUUUCCUGUACCUUAUUGUUUCCCAGCCUUCCUUACUGCUGAGUUGCCACCACAGAAAGCAGCGUGUGGAAGUAUCCAUUUUUGAUGCUGUGCUUAAAGGGGUAGCCUCUGAUUACAAAUGUACAGAUCCUGGGAAGACUCUGCCAGAUGCCCUUGACUACUGCACUGUUUGGCUGCAGACAGUGCCUGGAGAAAUAGACAGCAAAAGUGGCAUCCCACCCUCCCUUGUAAUGCUGCAAAUUAAAGACUUUCUUAAUGGACCAGCGGACAUCAACUUGGAUAUAUCAAAGCCUUUGAAAGCAAACUUGAGUUUUACCAAAUUGGAUCAGAUAAACCAUUUUGUAAAGAAGAUAAGAAAUGCUCACAGCUUUGCACACAGCAGAGAGACUUCAGCCCUGUCAAACACCACGCUGAAUAAGGAUGAACUUCCAGCCUCCAAAUGCUACCGUGGGAAGCUGUCUAAGCCUGAAGUUCCUGGUGAUAGAGUGCAAAAGAUUCCAGUUCAAGAAAACAUGUGGAGAGCUGUUUCUGGCUUUCAAAAAAUUUCUGUCCAUACUACUCAGAUUGUGGUCUCCAUGGAAACUGUCCCCCAUCCUAGUAAACCAUGCCUCUUAGCCUCUUUAUCAAACCUCAGUGUAAGCCUUAGUGUCAAAGCAGCACAGAAAGUACCUGGUGUAAUUCUUGGGACAUCAUUUCUACUCAGCGUGGAUGAUCUUCUCCUUAAAACAAGCCUCAAGGAAAGAAGUCGGGUUCUAAUAGGACCAUGUUGUGCAGCUGCCAAUCUGGAAGCUAAAUGGUGUAAACACAGUGGCAACCCAGGCCCAGAACAGUCCAUACCAAAAAUAUCCAUUGAUUUAAGAGGAGGACUGCUACAGGUCUUCUGGGGUCAAGAACAUUUGAAUUGUUUAGUUCUCCUACAUGAAUUACUUAAUGGAUACCUUAAUGAGGAGGGAAAAUUUGAAGUGCAAGUUUCCAAACCAGUGCCUCAAAUGCCAUCUCCUAUAGAAAAGAAUCAAAACUUUAAAAGUGAACAAAGUUCAGAUGAUCUACGGACAGGCCAGUUUCAGUAUAUACAAGAUGCUGAACCUUUGAAACUUCCUGGUGUCUAUGAAGUCUUGUUUUACAAUGAAACUGAAGAUAGUCCAGGGAUGAUGUUAUGGAGAUAUCCAGAACCGAGAGUGCUCACCCUUGUACGAAUAACUCCUGUGCCCUUCAAUACCACAGAGGAUCCAGAUAUUAGCACAGCAGACCUUGGUGACGUGCUACAGGUUCCAUGUAGUUUGGAAUACUGGGAUGAACUCCAGAAAGUUUUUGUUGCAUUUCGAGAAUUCAAUCUGUCUGAAAGCAAAGUUUGUGAACUGCAGUUGCCAGAUAUCAAUCUUGUGAACGACCAGAAGAAACUAGUAUCCUCGGAUCUUUGGAGAAUUGUCUUGAACACCAGUCAGAAUGGAGCUGAUGACCAAAGCUCUGCAAGUGAAUCUGGCUCUCAAAGCAUCUGUGACCCACUCGUAACUCCAACAGCCCUGGCUGCCUGUACUAGAGUCGACUCCUGUUUUACUCCAUGGUUUGUUCCAUCUCUUGGCAUUUCCUUCCAAUUUGCUCACCUGGAGUUCCGUCUUUGUCAUCACCUUGAUCAACUAGGCACAGCUCCACCACAAUACCUACAGCCUUUCAUUUCCGAUAAAAAUGUGCCAUCAGAACUAGAAUACAUGAUUAUUUCCUUCAGAGAACCACACAUGUACCUUCGACAGUGGACUGAUAGUUCUAUCUGUCAGGAGAUCCAGUUCUCAGCCCAAGCAGACUGUAAACUCCUAGAGUGCAGAAAUGUUACAAUGCAAAGUGUGGUGAAACCCUUCAGCAUCUUUGGACAAAUUUCCAUUUCCAGUGAUGCAAUAGAAAAGCUACUUGACUGCACCAUGGUAGUUGACUCUAUAUUUGUUAACUUUGGACAACAUGUAGUUCAUUCUCUAAGCACUGCGAUACAAGCUUGGCAACAGAACAAAUGCCCUGAGGUAGAAGAGUUGGUCUUCAGCCAUUUUGUGAUCUGUAAUGACACACAGGAGACACUGCGGUUUGGCCAGGUGGAUACUGACGAAAAUAUUCUGCUGGCAAGUCUCCAUAGUCACCAGUACAGCUGGCGUUCUCACAAAUCCCCACAGCUGUUACACAUCUGUAUUGAAGGUUGGGGCAAUUGGCGUUGGUCAGAGCCCUUCAGUGUGGACCAUGCCGGGACUUUUGUUAGAACAAUUCAAUACAAGGGUCGAACUGCUUCACUUAUCAUCAAGGUUCAACACCUCAGUGGAGUGCAAAAACAGAUUAUCAUCUUUGGAAGACAGAUCAUCUGUAGUUACUUGUCUCAAAGCAUAGAACUAAAAGUUGUUCAGCAUUACAUUGGUCAAGAUGGACAAGCUGUGGUUCGAGAACAUUUUGACUGCCUCACAGCCAAACAGAAAUUGCCUUCGUACAUACUAGAAAACAAUGAACUGACAGAGCUGUGUGUGAAGGCCAAAGGAGAUGAAGACUGGUCAAGAGAUGUGUGCCUGGAAUCCAAGGCCCCGGAGUAUAGCAUUGUCAUUCAGGUGCCAUCUUCAAACAGUUCCAUUAUUUAUGUCUGGUGCACAGUUUUGACUUUAGAACCCAGCUCUCAAGUGCAGCAGCGAAUGAUUGUGUUCAGCCCUCUUUUUAUCAUGAGGAGUCAUCUUCCAGACCCCAUUAUCAUACAUUUGGAGAAAAGGAGUCUGGGAUUGAGCGAAACACAAAUUAUUCCAGGAAAAGGGCAGGAAAAACCACUGCAAAACAUAGAACCUGACCUUGUACAUCAUCUAACAUUUCAAGCAAGAGAAGAAGAUGGUACUUCAGAUUGUGCUGUUCCCAUCUCAACAUCCCUCAUUAAGCAAAUAGCCACUAAGGUACACCCUGAAGGCACAGUUAAUCAGAUCCUUACAGAAUUCUAUGGGCCAGAAAAAUCCCUUCAACCCAUGUGGCCCUACAAUAAGAAGGAUUCUGACAGGAAUGAACAGCUGAGUCAGUGGGAUAGCCCAAUGCGAGUAAAGCUGUCAGUCUGGAAGCCAUAUGUUAAAACCUUGUUGAUAGAACUUCUACCCUGGGCUCUGCUUAUCAAUCAAUCCAAGUGGGACCUCUGGCUGUUUGAAGGAGAGAAGAUUGUUCUACAGGUUCCUGCUGGCAAAAUUAUUAUUCCUCCUAACUUUCAGGAAGCUUUUCAAAUUGGAAUAUACUGGGCAAAUACAAACACUGUGCACAAGUCAGUAGCAAUUAAACUGGUCCAUAACCUGACAUCUCCAAAGUGGAAAGAUGGAGGUAAUGGAGAAGUUGUGACAUUGGACGAAGAAGGAUUUGUUGAUGCCGAAAUAAGACUUGGUGCUUUCCCAGGACAUCAGAAGGUGUGUCAGUUCUGCAUUUCUUCCAUGGUACAGCAAGGUAUGCAAAUUAUUCAGAUUGAAGACAAGACUACGAUAAUCAAUAAUACACCAUAUCAAAUAUUUUAUAAACCACAGUUAGCCCUCUCCAGUCCUCAUUCUGGAAAGGAGUGUUUUCACGUUCCAGACAGCACUACGUUUAGCAUCUGCCCAGGUAGAGAGCAGCCUGCCAUGAAAUCCAGCUCCCUGCCUUGCUGGGACCUAAUGCCCGACAUCAGUCAGUCAGUGCUGGAUGCAUCCCUGCUUCAGAAACAGGUCCUGCUGGGCUUUUCUCCUGCUGUGGGUGCCGACAGCUCACAGUGCUGGAGCCUGCCAGCUGUAGUUAGACGGGAGUUUCCCAGACAGAGUGUGGCAGUGCCCUUCGGGACCAGCAGGGAGAAUGGAUUCAGUACCAGGGCAAUAGCACUGACAUAUCAAGAACACUUUGGAGUGACUUACUUAACCCUCUCAGAAGACCCUAGUCCUCGAAUAAUUUUCCAUAACAGAUGUCCAGUAACAAUGCUUGUAAAGGAAAAUAUCAAAGAUAUUCCAAAGUUUGAGGUUUAUUGCAGAAAAAUUCCUUCUGAGUGCUCCAUUCAUCAUGAGCUAUACCAUCAGAUUUCCACUUAUCCAGACUGCAAAACCAAAGACUUACUUCCUAGCCUUCUUUUGAGAGUAGAGUUGCUGGAAGAAAUAACAACUGAAUGGAGCGAUGCCGUCGACAUCAACCAUCAGGGAACCCAGGUUUUGUUCCUAACCGGUUUUGGCUAUGUAUAUGUGGACAUUGUCCAUCAGUGUGGAACAGUCUUUAUAACACUGGCCCCAGAACGAAAAGCAGGACCUAUUUUAGCCAGUACCAACAGAAUUGUGGAGAAGAUUAUUACAUUUAAAAUGCUCAUCACUCAAUUGAGCCUGGCAGUGUUUGAUGACCUCACCCAUCACAAAGCAUCGUCUGAGCUUCUGCGACUCACACUGGACAAUGUUUUUCUCCAAAUGGUCCCCAUGGCUGGUCACCUCCCUGUGGAAGAGACCCCAGCAGCACUCUUUCAGCUUUACUGUCUGGAGGUCUACUGUGGGGACUUGCAGUUGGACAACCAGCUUUACAACAAGUCCAAUUUCCACUUUGCUGUCUUGCUCUGCCAGGGAGAAAAAUCAGAACCUACUCAGUGUUCCAAAAUGCAGAGUCUCCUCGUAUCCAGCAAAGAUUUGGAAGAAUACAAGGAAAAUUGUUUUAUCAAACUUUGCAUCACCUUAACUGAGGGCAAGAGCUUCGUAUUUGAUAUUAAUGAGUUCAGUUUUGAAUUGAAACCUGCCAGGUUGUAUGUGGAAGAUACAUUUGUGUACUAUGUCAAAACUUUGUUUGACACCUACCUUCCUAACAGCAAGCUGGCUGGUCACCCCAAGGUCCUCUCAGGUGGUAAACAGGUAUUGCCUGUGCAGGUCAGGCAGCACGCCAGGGCCUUGGUGAAUCCUGUGAAGUUACGAAAGCUGGUGAUACAGCCCGUGAAUCUCCUUGUCAGUAUCCACGCUUCUCUCAAGCUGUACAUAGCCUCCGACCACACUCCUCUCUCCUUCUCAGUGUUUGAAAGAGGGCCCAUCUUCACCACAGCCAGGCAGCUCAUCCAUGCCCUGGCAAUGCACUAUGCCGCUGGAGCUCUCUUCAGAGCAGGCUGGGUGGUUGGAUCUUUGGAAAUCCUCGGCAGCCCGGCGAGUUUGGUGAGAAGCAUAGGGAACGGGAUUGCCGACUUCUUCAGGCUUCCGUAUGAGGGGCUGACCCGUGGCCCCGGUGCCUUUGUAAGUGGAGUUUCCAGAGGAACGACGUCAUUUGUAAAGCACAUCUCCAAAGGUACCCUCACAUCCAUCACCAACCUGGCCACGAGCCUGGCCCGGAACAUGGACCGACUCUCACUGGAUGAGGAGCACUACAACCGGCAGGAGGAGUGGCGGCGGCAACUCCCCGAGAGCCUGGGCGAGGGGCUCCGACAAGGCCUGUCCCGGCUGGGCAUCAGCCUUCUCGGUGCAAUUGCUGGUAUAGUCGAUCAGCCAAUGCAGAACUUCCAGAAAACAUCGGAGACUCAGGCUUCGGCAGGACACAAGGCCAAGGGUGUUAUCUCCGGUGUGGGGAAAGGAAUCAUGGGGGUGUUCACAAAGCCCAUUGGAGGAGCUGCUGAGCUUGUGUCGCAGACUGGCUACGGUAUUUUACACGGAGCUGGACUUUCUCAGCUUCCCAAACAGCGUUAUCAGCCAAACGAUCUACACGCGGACAAGGCUCCAAAUGGCCAUGUCAAAUACGUCUGGAAAAUGCUCCAGUCUCUGGGCAGACCAGAAGUCCACAUGGCCCUGGAUGUGGUUCUGGUGAGAGGCUCAGGCCAGGAGCAUGAAGGGUGCUUGCUGCUGACGUCAGAAGUGCUCUUUGUGGUGAGCAUCAGUGAGGACACACAGCAGCAGGCCUUCCCCAUCACAGAGAUCGACUGUACACUGGACAGCAAGCAGAAGAACCUGCUCAUUGUGCAGCUCAAACAGCCAAGAGUAGCCUGUGACGUGGAGGUGGAUGGAGCCCGAGAGAGACUGUCAGAGCAACAGUACAACAGACUUGUGGACUACAUCACAAAGACAUCUUGUCACCUGGCCCCCAGCUGCUCUUCCACGCAAACACCAUGCCCUGUGGUACCUGUGGAGCCUCUCCCCUCCCCUCUUAAAACAUACCACUAUUUGGUUGAUCCAUAUUUUGCUCAGGUCUUCAUUAGUAAAUUUACUAUGGUGAAAAAUAAAGCCCUGAGGAAAGGGUUCCCUUGAGUCCCUUCUGAGAUGUUUGUCUUCUAAAAUUCAGAUUCUUACCUUCUCCCUAAAAAGACACUUUAAAAUGCAGUAGAAGAAUGUCAUUUCUUUCACAUUUGGGGACAAUUAAGUCAUAUCUGUAAAAUAUAUUUCCUUUUGCUCUAUAAUGCUAUUUACUAAAAUUUGCACUAUAAUUAGGACAUUAACUCUGCUCUAAGGCAAAACUGGUCAGGCUCUAGAAUGGGAGAGCUAGACUUCAAAGGUCAUUCCCACCUCCAUCUGUUUUGGGGCAGAGAAACUAAUACCCUUGCCUGCAAAGAUCGGGAUUCUUUAAAUGAAAUUAAACACGCUUAGGACACUAUAUGUUAACUUGUUAAAUCUGUUACUUGACUGCUGAUGCUAUUUGUUUAGUAAAAGCUGUUACGUACCGUCUAAAGUGUGCAUUUUCUAAAGUUUACAAAAACACUGAUGACUGUCCAGGUGCAUUUUGGAAAAAAUACUGUGUCUUUACUAGGCAAGUUUAGAGUGAAUCUCUUCUAACUACCAAGAGCGCUGGGGUGCUCAGGUGACUUUCUUCAGCUCCAUGAACAACACACACUCCCAGCAAGUCCCUGUGGAAGGGGGUUAGCCAUUGUGCACUUGAGGGACCCUAGGGUUCACAAUGACAACAGCCCAUUCACAUGGUUUUGUUCAAGACACUAGGUCACCAGACAUUACCUUAAAUAUUCAAUGAACAGCCUAAUUACAUCCAAACUUGGGCCUACGAUUUAGUGUCUCAAUUGUAGGUGACAAGAAAAUGUGACUUCACAUGCCCACUGGUCUAACUUAAGUUUCACAUGUUGCUGGAAAGCAAGAAUGUUAUGGACAGUUUGGGCUGAAUAUGAAAAAUGGUUCCUUCAUUUGUUGUGUUAUAGUAACUUACAAAAGGGACAGUUUCAUCAACCUCAAGAGUAACUUUUUAAGAAUGUAAAUAUGUAUUAAUUCUUGUAUCUUUUAAGGUAAUUUUGCAUACUGCUUCUAAGAAUUGUUAAAUUGUUACAGAAAAUAAUUUAAAAUAAAAGGUAUCCCUGAAUUACUGACUGCACAUAAAUGUCUGUUCCUACCAGGAGCUUCUACCAUGCAAUUGUUCACUGGUACCUGGGUUUAGUAUAGUUCACAUCACUAAGACUCAAGAAUUCUGCAGAUAACAUAAAAAGAUAGUUUUUGAUAUCUUAGUAAAGUGACCAUUAGUAAUUAAACUAGCUUUGGCUAAAAUAAACAAUUUCUAAAGCUGUAUCACUUUGAUCACAACAAAAACAUAAUAAUAAAGGUGAAAAAGGUCCUAAGACCUCAUAAAAAAAAGCUAUACUAUUAUAGCCAUUGGAAACCCUGGUGGCAUAGUGGUUAAGUGCUAUGGCUGCUAACUAAAGGGUCAGCAGUUCGAAUCCGCCACGUGCUCCUUGGAAACUCUAUGGGGCAGUUCUACUCUGUCCUAUAGGGUCACUAUGAGUCGGAAUCAACUCGAUCGCACUGGGUUUGGUUUUUUUGGUUUUAUAUAGCCAUUAGCAAACUCAAUUCCAGGUUAUGUAACUAAAAGGACUGCUUUUCUGGAUUAGAUACAUAUCUCAAAUUUCAUAUGUAUACUGUUAACCUUCGGCAAAGCAAUCUUAAAUUUCAAUUACCUACUUUAUCUGUCUGGUGUUAGCAGGGCUACCAAAGAGUGGCAAUGAAGACCAAGGACAGGUUUUACUGGAAAGGCUAUCUCUGUCCCUUUUUCUAUCCAACACAAGACUUAGAGCCCACAGUAUAGUUCAUCACGUAGACCUCUUAAAUCCAUGGCUCAGAGUCAAGUAAUUGCACCUAGUAGUACCUCAGAGAAAAGGACAAGAUGCCACAGCUCUCAAAGAUAUACUGAAACAAUGAAAUUUUUAAGUUACUGAAAUAAUACUCUCUUCAUAAGGUACAGACACAGUUAAGAUCCCCAAUCAGUUCUAAUUGCUUUUAAAUACCCUGAAUCAUCAGUAAUAGUAAUUAAAUGAGAAAAGACUUACUGUCCAAA